AUGACAGGUCUUUUAUCUUCCUCCAAUUCAACAUCAUCAUGUGGAGCGUGCAAGUUCUUAAGGAGGAAAUGCUCCAUGGAUUGCGUCUUUGCUCCAUAUUUCUCCUACGAAAACUCCGCUUCCCACUUCGCCGCUGUCCACAAGGUGUUCGGAGCUAGCAACGCUUCCAAACUCCUUUCCCACCUCCCCAUCCACUCUCGCCGUGAGGCUGCUGUUACUGUCUCUUACGAAGCCCUGGCUCGCCUUAAUGAUCCUAUAUACGGCUGCGUUUCUCACAUCAUAAUGCUCCAACAACAGGUGACUAGCUUACAAGAAGAGAUACAUAGUCUUCUAGUAAACCAAUUUAAUGAUCAUAACCAGAAUUGGUCCAAUGAUCAACUGCUUAUAAAUUACAUGCAGAGUUUCAAUAAUAAUAAUAUUAAUGAUGGAGCACAUGACUUUAAUCAUGCAAUUGAUCAUAUUGAUCCUCCUCCUCAGCCAAAUCCCCUGCUGCAGGAUGAUCUAUUAAUCGAUCUUCCGGCGGAAAAUAUUGAUGAAUUCAUGUGGGAGGCAGACACAAUUGAUCAGAUUCAGAACCAAUUUGAGUACUACUGUUUGUUGGGAAUAAUGGAGGACAGUUUUCAGAGGAACCCUCCUUCUGCAUCAUGGAUGAUUCAUGAUGAUAAUAUUGUAACAGCUGAAAUCAUGAACAACUUGCAUGGGAUAUAA